CCAACCUGUCGGUCUCUUCAGGCGAGCAGGCCUUUCCCGUCCCACGUGUGCUGCUCUGCCACAUCAAAUGAGGAAGGGGUCGCGUGAGCCGCAGCUGAGCGAGAGCGGCAUCGAUGCCAUUGCCGCAGAUCUACUCUCCUCUGACGGCAGCACCUUCGCCGUGGCAGCGCAACAAGUGGCAGAUGCUUGUGUGAAUGAGAGGCUCAACAAAAAGGAACAGCAGCGUCUCGAUGCCCGCCUUCUCAAAGACAAAGACGGGCUGAGGCGCUUGCUGUCGCGGCUGGUAGAUGAUCGAUACAGGGAGACUCAGCUGGCUGCGGCCGAUCUGCUGGUCUUCCUCACUGUGGAGAUCUGUCCCGCUCUUGCAGCUUUGCAGCUAUCUCAGCUGGUCGAUGUGGCUCCUGUCAUUGUGGACGUGGUGGGCUGGAGGGAACCAACAGCCGCCAGCAGGGGCUAUGGGCCUGACGAGAGCCUCGCCGUCAAACACGUCGUCAAAGCUGAUGCUGCGGUGGAUGUCAUGACCUAUGUGCGGCUGGUGCUUCUUGCCUCGGUGCUUCAGGCUCUGCAGGAUGCCGCACCCGACGAGGGCGCUCGUCUGCGGGACUCAGUGCUCGCCAACCAUCAGACCACCAUCAAGCAGUGUCUGAAGGUCACCCGCACCGAAACACAUCGGCCUGUUUCGAGUAUGGCGAUCUGCGCCUUCCAAUCGCUGCUGCCGUUCAGCCCGCCGCCAUCUUCACCCAAUGAGGACCUCACGCCCAUUCCCCUCCACCUGUCCCUGCCGCUGUAUACAUUGCUUGCCGACCAUGUGGUUCAGCUGGCGAAAGGGGCAAUCCACAUGGACGCAGAGGGAUGGCGGCUGGCGCUGACUCUGCCUCCUAUUGUUGCCGGUACAGUUGUGCGGCAAGCCAGUUGUAAGUUGCACACAUUCAAGUGCUACUGACCACUCCAUUUGUCGUCUUCUGUGUGUGUGUGUGUGUGUGUGUGUGUGUCGGUCCUUCAGCCCUGUGCGUGAAGGACGUCAAGCGGCUGGUCGGACAACACAUUUAUCCACACGUGGAGCCGCUCCUGGGCAUUAUCACAUCGGCAGGAGGAGGGAUGUUGGCUAUGGCGGCGGACACACUGGGUGCCAUCAUGAUGGGCGUCCUCAAACUCAUCGACCAGUUUGACCUUCCUUCCCCUCUCCCCCUGUCGUCAUGCCAGCCGCUGCUUGACAACCCCUCGCUGAUCAUCAAAGCCCUUAAAGCGGCCAAUGCCCUCAUUGGCCAAGACGCCAGGCUGCCGCCAGCCGUCUACCCCACGUUGCUCGCCUGUUUGAAGACACCGGCAAGAUUAGCUAUAGGUCAGGCACAAUGGCGACGGAGAGAGAGAGAGAAAGAAAGAAAGAGAGAGGCGCAGGAAGGGGCACAAGCUGACAUGUAAAGCGAGGGCUGGGUGUGUGCUGUGCUCAUCUGCACAGAUUCGGGCGACAUUGAUUCAGGCCAUCGAGUGGUAGAAGCUGUCUGCCAGCUAUUGACCGAACCUGUGGCGCCGAAAUUCGUCGACUGUGUCGUCAAGCUCCUGCAGUAUAUGAUCAAGUGAGCGGGGUGAAUGCCUUGGAAUAAAAGUGGCUGUCACAUGUUCCAGGCGUGUGUCUGUCAUGGGCUGUCCUGCAGUGGUGGCGAUGUGCUGGUCUUUAAGGGCAUGGCGACAAGCAACGUAUUUGUCGACCAGAUUGUACAGGUAGCAACGAUCAAAGGAGUGUUCUGCCUUGCGGCCAUACGUCCAUCGCAAUGUGUCCGUGUCUGAUUGUGUGUUUUCUUGCCAGUGCGAGGCGAUACAGCAGCUGAGAGGCCGUCGCGACCUGCCAAAAGAGGUGAGGGCCGGAGUCAACGAGACCACAUGACCACGCAUAUGAGCCGAUGGACGCACAGAUUUCUCUCUGAUUCCCUCCUGCCUUUCUGUGUAGGUAUCGUCGUUCAUCGAUUCGCUCCCCAAGACGGCCACCAGGGGCAGCAGCUCAGCUGGGGCGGGCCAAUCGCACUGCUCACCCACCCACAUGACACCCACUCAGACUCAUCAUGCGUCAGGUCCUCCCUCGCUGCCUCAUCCAUCGACAUCAUCUGGCGGCUUCGAUGGGCUGGAGGACGGCCUCUUCUCUGACAAUAUCGACACAUUGUCUACGGCAGCCGAAGGCAUUGUCGACUGGCUUCAUGACGCCUCGAAGCCAGAGGUCACUGCAUUUGUCAAGCGGUUGGCGGUGAGGUUUGGCGAGGACAGGGAGGCCUUCCGCCGCAUCCUGACGUGUCUGGUGGACGGCAGCGGAGUGGAGUGCCAGGUGGCGGUCGCUGACCUGCUGGCCGGCCUCUUCUCUCAUUGCUUCCUGGAGCGUAUGACCCCGUCGGAUCGUGUGUCGGCCGUCCAGGACAUCUUCGAUAUCGUGACGUGGAAAGAUCUUGAGGAGCUGGCUGAAGGUGGAGCGGAGGUGGCGUGCAAGGAGCUGUCGGAGGGAGGGGCGGAGGGGGGCGACAGCUUGAUUGCAAAAGCUUUCGUCAAGGCAUCGUCAGGCGACGAGCCGCUGCCCCGUGCCAUCGAUGUGGUGACAUAUGCGAGACUGCGCCUUAUUCGAUACGCCCUUGAAGCGGCCACUGCCCUCGAGGCUGCAGAAGGGCCCCAGCUUCGCGCGAGCUUCCUCCAGACCCACCAAACGACCCUCCGGCAGGCGAUGGAUGUCAUUCGUGAGUGCAGACACGCAACAUUGGCCAACGAGGCAGCCAUCAUGCUGAAGGAGCUGUUCGCGCGCAGCUCCUUCGGUCCGUCAAUUCAACUCGUUCUCGAGUUCUUCUCCAUCUUCGUCGAGGGCCUGAAGCAGCUGCCGGAUGACCAGAGAGAGGCGACAAGCUCCUUCUUAGUGCCGCUGAUGCAUGCCGCAAAUUAUUCGUGGGACUCCCCACGAGAAGGUCAGAAAAGUACACAUUCAUAUGCUCUUUGAACCAAGGCUGCUGUCCUUUGUCUUGGCAGGUAUUGUUGUAGAGGAGUGGCCAGUCAUCAAAGCGGCUCUCCACACACACGUCUACGCCCAUCUGAAGACGCUGCUGGCCCGCAUCAAAGCGUCUGAUUCUUCCUCUCCCCUGUGCUUCGCGGCGAUAACCACAUUCGGAGCCCUUCUCCACACCGCUCACAUCAUCUGCAUCCGAAAGAAGAAAGGUAUGAAAUGCGGAGACUGAUGGCUAGUGGGGUAAAAGUGGAUGUGUGUGCAGGUGGCCCUUUGCAGCCAGGUGACUUCGGCAAGAACAUCGAGCGAGCGGAGGUGGUGAAAACACUCGCCGCUGCCCCGCCCCCGAUGCAGCCGCUUCGUGCCCUCGUCCUAGAUGCCACACUCAGAAAUCGGGUGGCCAACGCGUUGGACAUGAGCCACAGCGUGUGCAAGGAUCCAACGGGCUCCUUCGCAGAUUGCAUCACGACUGCUCUGGUCAUCCCAGCCAUGGCCCUGAUAGGUACGUCCGUCACUUACUCAGUCGGUGCGCCUCCAGCUAACUUCAACCAUGUGUGUGUGCAGAUGAUGGGGAGGCCGGCCUUCUGAUCGAGUCGCGGUUCGUGUCCACCCUCAUCUCGCUCCUGAACAGCGCCGAGAGGAUCGGGAGGCCUCUGAUGAACCUCUGCAUGCGCUGUGUCGCGGGACUCAGCCAGAGAGAUCCGAAGGUCAGCGAAAGAAGGUCACUGACCUCACAUCUCAUUUGGACGAGAGUGCUGCGGUGGUGCGUUUGUUCAUGUAGGUGUUGGGGACCGAUGGACUGGCAGAGGCGAUAUGUGGCGUGCUGCUCAAAGACGCACAGGGACAGCUCCUUCCCGAAGACCUCCGUGACACUGACAGCGCUACUUCUGUCGACAUCCUCAGGAGCAUCGUCAGGUCAGCCAUGAGCUGCAGACAAGAAAGCCCGACGCAUCAUUGAGUGUGUCUGCUUGUGGCUGUGUCACGAAUGUCAGCUAUGGCAAGUCGCAGGUCGCCAGAGGGUCGCCGAAUCCCAUCGUCGGGCAGAUACUGCAGGUACGUUCACCGAAGCUCGUGUGUGCUUUGCCCACCUGUUUGUCUGUCUGUGUGCCACCAUAUCAGUUCAGGUCGGUCAAAACGAUGCGGGACCGCACCAGUGGCAUCGAGGUCUCACCACAAGUAAACACGGGACCAUGACGACACAUUGACGGCACGCAAGUGCACCUUUCUGUGCUUCCUGUGCCACCCAGGUGUCGCGCUUCCUCAAUGCCCUCGCCCAGCAGCACCAGAAGGACACCAAAGCCAAGCCCACCACCCCACCGCCCCUGUCGGAGGCCCAGUUGGCGGCCCAGGAGGCCAACGCGCAGCGGAUGCAGGAGGCCCUCCUCGCGGAGGAGCGACGCGAGAAGGAGGCCAAAGAGAAAAAGGGCAAAGGCAAAAAGAACAAGGGCGGCAAGGGACAGCAGCAGCAGCAGCAGCAGCAGGGGCUUGCAGGUGGGGAUGCGGCGAGCCCCUCCGAUGCGGUGAUUGAGCCAUCGGUGCCCUCCACUGCCGCAUCCACCAGGUAGGGAAGCCAUCCACAGACCAUGGCUGACGGGACUGUUCACCUCAUGUGUGUGUGUGUGCGUAGUCGGGCUUCUGCUGCGGAUAAGGUUGCGGCGAGUCAGCCGGAGCCCUCUUCAUCCAUCGCUGACAGGUGAGCAACCCACCCACUUGACGAGAUGCCCUGACACAAUCACUUCCUCUGUGUGCGUGUCGAUCUCUUUCUUUCCAGGUCUGGUGCGCCUGGUGUGCCAUCCGUGUCAGCCGCUGCGGGCAGCGAUCGGCCUGGUGAUGGCGGCGAUGUAGCGAAGUCGGCGGCUGGUGGGAGCGACGGUGACAGCGAUGAUGAGGACGGCGACGCUAUGCUGCUCAAGUCGGUGUUUGCACAACAGGCACGGCAACAGCUGAGCGAGGGCAAGAAGAAGGUUCAGGCCAAACACGCCACCAAGCCCACUCCGAAGCCCACAACUCAGCCGAGUCAGCCGCCCCGCCCCUCACUCCCACCAGCACUCAGGACCAAUCAGACGGGGCACAUGGGCCGCCCUGCACCUGCCGCCAAUGAAGACCGUUACCGCAUCGGCGAUGCACCCAUUCCAAUGCCCGCCCCCAUUCCCCUCUCAAGCGCCCACUUCCCUAAGGGCCGCUUCAAGCCGUCACCUGGCAAUGGGGGGAUGGCCCCUCCUCUGCCGAAGCGUCCGUCACGCCCGCUGCUGUCUGACGAUGACAGUCCGUCUGGCGGUGUUUCACCUCCCUUUCGGCAUGUGGGAGGUCGAGGGGCGGGCAGGGGCCUCAUUACGAUGUUUUCCCACGACCCGCCCCCUCUUCCCUGUAUCCCCUACCCCCGACUCCCGUCGGCCGACGAGCUGUGCACCGGGCCAUCGCUGCAGCGGCCCACUGGACAAGACGACCGACUGCAGCCGACACGUGGCGAGAGGCCGAGGUGAGAUGGUUGCAGACAAUGAACGCCGUGGUCCGAUCGCAAUGAGUGCUUUUUCUCCUACGGUGUGUCUGCAGUCUGUCUGCUGCUGGUCCUUCGCUGAGUGGCUUCUUCGCCAAUGCGCCUGUCGGGCCGGCACCACCGGCUGCUGCUGCUCCCGAUGGUGGCGGUGGUGGGCUGUCGGCUGAUCCAUUCUAUGACAGUGGCGGUGACGACAUGUACUGUGUGCCGCCCCCGCCGGCCUUUCCACCGCCGCCCCCACCACAUCCACCGAUCGACCCAAGGUAACACGGGCAUCAUGUCUGUCUAUCUGUCUGUCAGCAACGCUUCUGUGCAUUUCUCGUUGCCUGAUGUGCUGUGCAGCUCUCUCCAUCGGAUGGGUUCCCCUCUCCCUGUCAGCUACAACGGCGGCCCACAGGCGUCCGGCGCUCCUCCUGUACAUCCAUUUGAUUUCCAUCAUCCCUUCCCGUCUGACCCACCACGUGCUGCUACUGCGGCUGGCUCUGGUGUUGGGCUGUCGGCGAACCAUUCGUUCCACGACAACCAUGAUGAUGAUGACAUGUAUGUGCCGCCCCCGCCGCCCAUAUUCGAGUAUGAGGAGGAGGGGUACCAGCCGCCCUCAUCGAACAGUGCAGCCGACCCCUUCGCUGCGGCUCAGACGGCCUGGGCCAUGCAGGGAGGCAAUGGCGGGCCAUCCACAGGGUAUGUGGAAACAGGCAGAGAGGACACUGAUGCCACGGAUCACUCUGUUCCCUGGCUGCUACGUGUUUGUGUGUAGGUUUGGUGCGGUGAUGAGUGCGGGUGGUCCCUCUGAUAGCGAGCAUCUAGUGGACCAGCUGUGUCGCCAACUCGAGCAGAAGAACCAGCAGGAGGCCAAACGAAAGGACCAGGAGGCCAAACGGAGGGCUCGUGGGGCCAAACGAAGGGCUCGGGAGGUGCAGGAGGCAAAGCAGAGGGAACAGGAGGCUAAGGAGAAGGAGGCGCUGGUGCGGCAGCUGCAAGAGGCGCAAUGGAAGUAAGUGCGAUUUCCGCAUAUCCCAUUCAUUUCGCUCAAUGGUGUCCUGCUCGACAGGAUUGCCAAAAUGACGGCUCAGCAAUCAUCUGACCACCAGCAGCAGCCCUCCUCGUCCAGCAGCAGCUCAUCGGCACCACCCCCACCCACACACCAGCCACACCAGCCACAGCUCCAGGGUGGCGAGUGCAGUCUGUGCAUGGACGCGCCCGCGUCGGUCGUCUACAUGCCCUGCCGACACCUCCGGGUGUGCCCCAAGUGCUACCAUGACAACAAGGCCAGAGUGCACCGCAAUCUCACCCACGUGAGGGCCGAGAACCACCGACGCAAGCGGGAGAAUGAGGAGCGCAAGAGGCAGAACGAGGGCCGCGAGGAGAACAAGCAGCUGCCGAUGGUGAAGCUGCUGGAGGAGCCCCACUAUGUGUGUGAGCACUGCAAUGGCAGGGUGGAGUUCGGUGGCUCGGUGGAGGAAGCCAUGCAGUGGUUGGCCGACAACCUUCUCACUGCCUGACAGACAGGCAGAGAGUCGGUGACUUGGGGGGGGGGG